GUCCAAUGUCGGUUCCUCACAUGGGUUAGUUAACGUCGAGCAACGUCGCAAACAAGAUGCAGUCCCUAUCGAGUGUGAUUCUCGUUGUGCUCUCCACACAAUUACUGCAAAGUGGAGCUAUGCCGCUGCGCUGGAGUGUAGAUCCCGAAGAAAUCGGAGGAUUUGCCGAGGGCGAUAUGCAGUUGACGGAGGAACAGCAAUUAAUUUUGGAACAUGGACCUAAGGAACGCAAUGGCUUAAUCGAUGCCAGCAAACGUUGGCCCAACAAUCUGGUGAUCUAUCAAAUAUCCGAGGACUUUGAUGCUGAACAUAAGCAGGCAAUUCUCAGAGGAAUUAAAACGCUGGAGGAUAGUUCCUGUCUCAAGUUCCGAGAGGCUACGCUUGAGGAUGCUGCCUUUGUGAGAAUUACGGCCAAUCCGGGAGGUUGUUUCACCGCCGUGGGUUAUCAAGGUCAACCUCAAGAAAUGAACCUGGAGAUUUAUCCCAUUGGAGAGGGUUGCUUUAGACCCGGCACUAUACUACAUGAAUUCAUGCAUGCUCUGGGCUUCUAUCACGAACAGAGUUCGGCAAUUCGCGAUGAUUACAUCGAUGUGGUCCAGGAGAAUAUUGUGCCCGGCAAGGAGUUUAAUUUCAAGAAAUACUCGUCAAGUGUUAUCACCGAUUUCGAUGUCGGCUACGAUUACAACAGCUGUCUCCAUUAUCGACCUGGUGCCUUCUCGGUGAAUGGCAAGGACACGAUAAUCCCCUUGGAUGAUACAGUCGUUAUAGGACAACGGACGGGACUCAGCAAAAAGGACAUUGACAAGAUUAACAUCAUGUACAAGUGUCCGCAUCUGGUCUGAGUCUAUGAGUCUUAGACUUUGUAUUUUAUUAUAUAUUGUAUUAGUAUUACGAGUAUUAUUAAUAGAACAAAGUGUGAUAUUUUCCUCUUCCUCUGUCCCCUCGAUUUAACCCCAUUGUGCGGUUCUCGAUUCUGUAAUCUUUGCAUGUAUAUUUUUAUAAUUUGCAGCAAAGUGAAUUGCGUAAAUUAAACUUAACACUUACUUAUUUUAUGAUA